CCGCCCUGCAUUUUUUUUUUAGCACUUUAUAACAGGAUAUCUCACUGGCGCGAAAAACGCACUGUGUGGCUUUUCUGUAACACAUUGUGGGGCGGAACCUGUGCCUGUUGUUUGAACCCAGGUUUUUUUUCUCCCCCCAUUAACUUAAACUGCAACAAAAGUAAGAAAAAAAAAAGCUGCGUCCGAACACAGCGCGUCGUUGUAUCCGACAGCAAACCCGCUUCAUCCCUUUGAUCCCCUGUGAGCCGUGGACUCGGUGCUCUUUGGCUGCGGAGGGAUUUCUAAUGCCCUGAAUUGUCGCUGUUGGAUUCUUUUUUUUGUUUUUGUUUGUUUGUUGCAGAGAGCCGGGUUGUGCAGGACGUGGUCGGUGGCAUUUGAUCCUUUCUGGGAAUAAACUCUAGAGGAUUUUUAUUAUUAACCGUGAACAUGGAGUUCGACUGUUACCAGCACUAUUUUUUCGACGACUUUGACAGAGAGGAGGAUUUUUACAAGUCGACUGCACCAAGCGAGGACAUAUGGAAAAAGUUCGAGUUGCUGCCCACCCCUCCCAUGUCUCCCACCCGGACUCUGAGCGGCGGUGCCCUCCACAUCUCGCCGGGGGACAAGCUCAGUUGGCUGUCCAAAGUCCUGGGGCAGGACGAGGAGUGCGAGGGCCAGUUCAUCCCCGACACAGAGGAGCUGUUCGGCAACCUCAGCUCCAUCAUCAUCCAGGACUGCAUGUGGAGUUGCUUUUCGGCCAGUAAGCAGCUGGAGAAGGUCACUGGGAGAGUGUCAGCUGCGGCGCAGACCGCUGCCCCCCCCGUGGCCCCGAUCACCGUGAGACCGAGCAAAACGCAGUGCGUCUCUCCCGGCGGCCCGCUCACCGCCUCGGCGACAGACUGCGUCGACCCUACGGCGGUUCUCACCUUCCCGACAAGCAGCUGCAGGAAGCCGGCGUCGUCUGGCUCUGAGUCUCGCUCCGAUUCCUCUGAUGAUGAUGAUGAGGAGGAAAUCGAUGUUGUCACUGUGGAGAGCAAGCAGAACCGGGUGCGGCUGGUGAACGUCAGAAAACCAGUGACCAUCACGGUUCGGGCUGACCCCUGCCCCAAACGCUUCCACAUGUCUGUCCAUCGGCAGCAGCACAACUACGCCGCCCGCUCCCCAGACAGUGAACCGGAGGACGACGAGGAUGAAGACGACGAGGAGGAGGAUGAUGAUGAUGAGGAGGAGGAGGAGGAAGAAGAAGAGGAGAAUGCAGAAGAGCCUCCAAGCAAGCGUAGCUGCACAUCAUCCAGUCAGAAGCCGGGCUCUUCGGCCGGUGUGUCCCGGCCCGGUUCCCCCUCUGAGAGUCCCGAAAACUCAGACGUAGAGGACAUCGACCGCAGGCGGAACCACAACUUCCUUGAGCGGAAGAGGAGGAACGAUCUCCGGUCUCGUUUCCUUGCCCUGCGUGAUCAGAUACCCGGCUUGGAGUCGGCCAAGACCCCAAAGGUGGCCAUCCUGACCCACGCGACCGAGUACCUGUCGGACCUGCACACCAGGGAGAAACGGCAGCUCCAAGAGAAGAAACGCCUCAAAACCCGACAGCAGCAACUUCUCCGCCGAUUAGCUGAGCUGAAGCGCUCUUGAGACACUUUUGAAAUGAUCACCUCAUUAUUCACAUUCAGGAACUUUACCCUCAAGUUAUCUUGUCACUUUUGGAAAGCUACAGUUUUUAUAUAACAGCCUCAUGUAAAUAGCUGUUUUGUUUUGGAAUACAUUCAUAUUGCUGUGGGCUUCCUAGGAAUUGACUGUGCUGGCCAAUGAACCUGAUAUGGGGAGGAGGAGCAGCUAGUGUGCUGUUUUAUUUUUCUUUGGACAGUAUUUUAGUUUUGAACAGGGGUAAUGAAUUUGAUCUAUAGCUAUGACUAAGAUAUAUCUUGGUAUGCUGUGAUGGGGAAAUAAGAACUUUUGUCAAUAGUUUGGGUGUGAUAAUGAGUUAAUGUAGCCUUCUGGAUGUGUGUUUUAAUGAAAUGAAGUGUGAAUGCAUUUCUGUGUACAUAUGAGUGAAUGAGCCAGUGUUUGCUGUACAAAUUGUUCUGUAAAUAAUAGCUUAUCACUCCUGGUGAAGGAGACAAAACUAAGAGUUGUCACUGAGCUUUGCUCCUCUUUAUGACGUGCCACCAGGCAUCGAGGAACCUCUAUUUUGUUAAGAAAAUAAGAAAAUGGGUGAAAAAAUAAGUAGCACUGCUGUACUUUAUAUUCACACGUCACUUUGUGAUUUCAAUGCUUCUCCAGAUUUUGGUUGUUUUUUUGUUUUUUUUGAAGCAUGCUAACAUUGACGGCAACAUUAAAAUUUUUAUACCAUA